AUGUCUUCCGAUUUGGACCGAGAGUGGAAGCCCACCAAGAUGCGCCCUCAGUCGACCAUGGCGCAAGACUUUUCCACAGCACUGGAUAGUGCCUUCUCCCUCGACAGCGAUGUCAACCACCUCUCCCAGACCAUUGAUCAAAAGAAACAAGCGAUGAUGAUUCAAAGCCGUGAGCUCGAGGAGCUACAGCAGCGCAUCCGAGAUGCGGAGAACCGCCUCAAGUCGCGGCAAUCGGUCAACUUUGGCUCUCCCUCGACAGGCCGGAACUUCGGCGAAGGCCAGACAGCCGCUCCCCGAGAAGGAACCGUCACCGAGCAGCCGGAGCCAGAGGAGGAAAAGCCUGAGGCAACGGAGACUGCGUCAUAA